CGGUGCACACAGUCUUCCGCCGCAAGCAUAGGUCAAUCAGCAACCAUGUCGGAAAAGAUCGCAAACGAGUCGUAUCGGAAGAAGUUCAAUGAAGAGCCGAAACUCGAACACCUAUCCGAGGAGACCCUGGCCAAUCCGCCCAAGCAACGAACGACGGCAAUGCAAGCAAAGCAGGAUGCCCUCAUCAAGCAAGAAAAGCGACAAGCAGGUCUCGAGUCCAACCGAUCUCGAUCAUCUUCGAGGAGAGAGCGGAGAAAGCGGAUCCAGCAGAUGAUGGACGAGGGAAAGUACAUGAAGACGAAUUCUCUCGAGGCCUUGGAGGAAGCAGACGCCAACGGCGACCUAGCGCAGAUGCGACCCUUCGAAAGAAUAGGUCCUGACAGCACAUCGAUGGACGGACCCGUCACCAUGGCACGCGCCAUGAGGGGAGAGAUUCCAGUUCGCGGCAGCAAUCCUAAUCAACCCUACUAUAUGACACCUCAAGAAGACGAGUCAGGAGGAUCGCAACUCAAAGACACAGACGGACUCAAACUCACACUAGAAGCAAAUCUCGACAUCGAGAUCGAAUUGAAAGCCUCCAUUCGCGGCGAUCUGACCCUUUCAUUAUACGAGUAACGUGGGUGAACCUUUAGUACCGGCUGAGCACACCGACUAUAUAUAUAUAUAUAUAUCUCCGUCCGUAUACGGCCGGCGUACUCGUUUGAGAAGAUUCACAAGAAAAAGAAGAGGAAGAAGACAAGUCGCCCGGGGUUGAUGGUGUGGUGGAUUACCAUCGCAAUUCGGCUGGAAGUGCAUGCUGACCGUCACCAGUGAGUCCAUUUAAACAGACAGGCGUUGGUCAAGGAAGGAGUAUUGGGAUGAUGAAGCAGAAGAAGACGAUGAUGAUAUGAAAUGUCUCUUCAUCUGUGUGACAUUUGGGUAUCUCCAGCUGGGCGGUCUGUACUACAUUUACGUAUGCGUGCAAGUCAUAAUUCUUUCCGUG